AUGUCUGAGUAUCAGAAUGACCGGACUUCGAAGGAUGUGCAGGAGGCGUCGGCGAGACUCAAUACCACCACUACCAUUCAGGGACAGUUUACAGACCCAACACAGCCUCAGAACUACAGCCUUGGACACCUCGUCUACAAAUGGGAGGAGAUGACCGAGAAGACCCUCUGCGACAUCAUCAAACGAUCCUCCCUCCAGACCAACCUGACAUCGAAGUACGCUGAGAAGACCUGA